AUGUCAAAGAACCUGUGCGAUCUAUUCGCGCAAGCUGUCAUACGAUAUCCCGAUAACAUUGCUGUCGACCAUGAGCAAGGUUGCCUGACGUAUCGCGAACUUGAGUAUUCAUCGACGUUGCUCGCGAGGACGCUGGUGGACCUUGGUGCAAGCAAAACGUCACCCAUUAUUCUCGUGACCGCGCAUGGAACUCUCAACAUCGUUGCUAUUCUGGCCAUUCUCAAAGCCGGGAGUUGUUUCGUUCCGGUUGACCGAACGUCCUCGUCUACAGAAAGAAUCACGCAGGUCUUUGAGACUGUUCAGAGUUCUCUAGUCAUCAACACUACACUGAAACCAUUCACGCCACCCUACGAGUCAUGCCAGGUGUUACAGUUCAGCUCGAUACCCCAUGAUGGCCCGCUUGAGUGGCAGCUUAGCCGUCCAUUCAUUAAGAUAGACUCCGAAGAUUUGGCAUGUAUCAUGUUCACUAGCGGCAGCACCGGUCGACCAAAGGGCGUCAUGAUUUCACAUGGAUCAUUAUGUUUGUACUCAAGAACAAGUCCGGUAAACAUGGACAUUGGACCCGGUGAUCGACUUCUCCAUAUCUUAUCAGUGGCCUUUGAUGCUUGCGCCUGCGUUUUAUUCUCGACUCUUUGCAAUGGCGGUACAGUUGUCCCUGCCGAGCCGGCCGAACUGUACCACAGAAUCCCCUCAUGCACCGUGAUAGCAACAACGCCAUCAUUAUUAAACAACCUGCCAUUACCAGGUUCGGAAGAUACGAUGUUUGCAAAUAUACAUACCGUCCUUCUGGGUGGUGAAACGGCAAAUCCAGAUCUGCUUGGUUCGUGGGUCGACGCCGGUAUCCGAGUGUUUACAGCGUACGGAUUGUCUGAGACGACGUCAAUGGGCACAAUUCACACAGUUGAAAGAGAUCCAAGAACUGGAGGAAUAAAUCCUUUUCUGGUGGGGCCCUUUAUGGACGAAAGUCCAAUAUAUCUUGUCGACGAGGACUCAACCCAAGUCGUAGACGACGGCGUUGUAGGCGAAAUAGUAAUUGGGGGCGGCGGGGUCGCCAAAGGCUAUUACAAAGAUGAGCUAAAGACUAGAAAAAGUUUCGUUUACUGGAAAGGCCUCCGCGUUUACAAAACUGGUGAUCAUGGCCGAUGGGUACGAGGACCGUCAGGUAAUCGAAUAUUGGAGUUCGUUGGUCGCCGAGACCGAUUCACCAAGAGCAGAGGCUUCUCUGUAAACCUCGAUCGAGACGUUGAGGAGAAGUUAUAUCUCACUGGGAGGCCACUGGGCGUCAAGUCCGUCCACGCAGUAGCGACCGAGGCUGGGAUCAUUGCAGUGGUCACACCCUCAAAUGUUGACACCGCCCUCCUCUUAAAACAGGCUGAAGGCACUAUGUGUUCGUAUUGCGUUCCGUACCGGAUCGAGGCAAUCGAGGACUUUCCGUUGUCUUCCAGUGGCAAGGCGCAAUCCCAGACGAUUCUAGAUAUCAUUUCAUCCAUUGAUAACAAGAAUGCUGGCGAAACAACUACGUCCCAAGCUGAAACAGAGACCUCCGAGAUCCUAAAGACACGAGCGACCACCGACGAGAGAAAGCUGGUGGAUAUCCUUUGUGCAGCAGGGGAAGUGCUUGGAUAUUCGGGCGGAAAGAGUCGUGAAAUCAAAGGAGACGAUACAUUUAUUGGAGUGGGUGGCUCCUCCCUUCUCGCCAUCAGGCUCGUCUCCGCCCUCCGUAAGAUAAAGAUUAAUCUCUCGGUAAAAGAUUUAUUUAUGUGUCGAACUUUUUCAGAGAUUGCCAAAUCUGCCUCAACCACAAUACCCCCAGACGCAACAGCACGAUGGAUUGCCGAAGAUCCAUUGACGGCACAAAAUCUCGCCGAUCUUCGCGCAAAGGCCUGUAGUAGGCUCGGGUAUAUUAACGACAAGUUUGACAUCGGACCCUUAACCAGUCUGCAGCUUGAGCUGGCGAUGCCGACGCUGUCCAAUGACGCGAUUAGUGUUAACCAAGCCAAGUUGAGCUACAAUUGCGAAUACAUCAAAAUGGCGGAAAGGGCGUGGACCGCAGUGUGGCGGGCCGAACCAGUCUUUCGCACCGAAAUAUCCUUAGCGAUUGGGAGCGGUGCACAAAUCAUUCACAAGGAAGCGAUCCGGACGCCGACCAUUAAGAGUUAUGACAAUCGCGAGGAGUACGAAGCCGCUGUGAAGCAUGCAAGCAUGUCCGUUGGGCUGGGCUGCAGAUUGGACUUCAUUUAUUAUCGCCAGCGCUCUGUGCAGAAUGGAAACCGUUCUGGAAUCGACUUUCCGGGCGAUAAGAUUGAGCUCACGGUCGUGCUCACAAUUCAUCAUAGUUUGAUGGAUGGUUGCUCGCUAGAGUUCCUGCUCGAAAAUGUCGAGCGAGCUAGCAAAGGCAGGCCAUUGGCACGCGGCAAUUCUUCAAUAGAUGCCAACCUCGGACUUAUCGCCAUUCAGCGGAUGCAGGACCGCCAGGCAAGGCUCUUCUUCGAAAACUAUCUUAAGGACGUGCCACUGGAAAACAAAGCGGUUGAGAGAUUACGGCUGGCGAUGCGAGAAAAGCAGAGCGGUACUGUUCGUCAGCCGACGAAUGCAUGGUUUGCGCCUUCCGUCAGUAUCAACACUGUAACCGAUUUUGCUCGUAGAAGCUGCGUUUCUGCCGCUUGCGUAUACUACUGUGCUUGGGCCAUGGCGAUUAGCGCUUUCGAAAGAUGUGACAACAUCGUCAUAGGAGCCGUGUUCUCAAAUCGAACGGCACUACCUGGCCAUGAAAGAACAAUUGGGCCCUACAUGGCUACGUUACCUCUGCUUGUCAGCCUCAAGACAGAUGAAGCCGUAAAAGAUCUAUUGCAGAGAAUCAUGAAGGAUAUAGUAAUGUUGAGGGAAUUCUCUUGGGUUCGCUCGGAUCAGAUUGGAAUCGGCCACCGGCUGGGUAAUAUUCUAGCUCUUCAGCUGCCGCUCCCGGAUGAGAAAUCAAGCCCGCCACCAUUUCAAGUCGAAACUUUAGAGAAUUCAGACUUCCCACUUACCAUGCUUAUCGAAGCAAACGGACAACUGCGAAUGCUGUACGACAAUAGGCAGUUUGACGGUGCUGCCGUACAGCGAAUCAGCGAGCAUUUCAAGCAUUCACUUUACAGUCUCACCAAAGAGACUCAUAUUGGAGACUGCAUGAAAAUCAAUAAUUUGCAUGAGACGCUGCUCGCUCAAGCGUACUUUGCGACAACUGCUCCACGAGAAGAAACCAUCAAGUCAGCGUUGGAGCGGACAGUCGACCGAUUCCACGGACAUGCUGCCCUGGAGGAUUGUUCUGGGACCACACUGACCUAUGGAGAAGUCGACCAAAUGUCGAAUGUCAUUGCCCAUCAUAUCAACAAUAACCUGUCUGUAGGAAAAGUCGUUGCCGUCUUUGGUGACGGGACAAUAAGAUGGGUCGUCUCUAUUGCGGGGAUCCUGAAGACUGGGCGGGCAUACGUGCCAUUGGACCCUAAAUGGUCCAUUGAUCGUAGAGCCACGGUUUUUGAUGAGAGCGGAGCAACUGCACUGCUGCUGCCUAGCAAGACACAAGAGUCUGAAGCGCCAGCUACGCCAGGUCUGAAGAUAUUCUUUGCCGACAGCAUUCUCGAUGCCAACUACGGCGCAAAUAACAUCACCAGACUGCCUGAUACCAUAUCUGCCGAUGACAAUCUUGUUGUGGUGUACACUUCGGGCAGCACCGGCAAACCGAAAGGCAUCCCAUUGACCAAUCGUGGGAUAUUGGCGCUGUUGCAAAGCUGCCCCGAACCCACCAUGUUUGCAGGUCCCGGAAGGCGGAUCGCACAAUUCAUGUCCCCAGCUUUUGACUAUUGCAACAUAGAGCUCUUCAGUACACUACUCCAUGGCGCGACGCUAGUCCUUCGAGAUCCACGCGAUCCGUUCGCGCACCUUCGCAAGGUUAACACUGCGACAAUCACUCCAUCGGUACUGUCCGUCCUGAACCCUGAUGAUUAUCCAAAGCUCGAGCUCAUUUAUUCAACGGGUGAACCAAUAACGAAAGCCCUGGUUAGAAAGUAUAGCACCCGGUCAUUGAUGUUCAAUGCCUAUGGACCGGCAGAGUGUAGCGUUGUCACUUCAUACACGAGAGUAAUUCCCGGGGAUCCCAUCACUGUGGGAGUUCCCGUUCCCUCUGCGCGCAUGUACAUCCUGGACGAAAACCAACAGCCCGUGCCUGACGGUGCUAAAGGAGAGAUAUACCUCGCGGGUAUUCAGGUGAUGCGAGGUUAUUUGCAUGCAGCGGAGCUGACGGCCAGGUCGGUUUUGAUGGAUCCUUGGCAUAAAGGAGAACGCAUGUACAGAACUGGUGACUUUGGUUCUCGAGGCCACGACGGUCGAAUUACGUAUUUGGGCCGAAUCGACCGCCAAGUCAAACUGCGAGGCUUCCGGGUAGAACUCCCCACAGUAGAGGAAGCAAUCAUGUUGGCCGGAGAGGAAGAAAACAUUACACACUGCGCUGCGGCGGCCAUAAACGGAACCUUGGUCGCAUUCAUCUCGUGCAAUCCCUCGCAACCUAUCUUGGAUUCGAAAGAGAUGAACACUCGGCUCCGCAACAGACUAGGCAAGAUAUUGUUUUCCGCCUCUAUACCGCAGGAAAUAGUGCAGGUCGAGAAAUUUCCUAUGAAUCACAACGGCAAGGUGGACGUAAGGGCUCUGGAACACAUCUACACAACGAGAAUAUCGGAUCGCGCGGCACUUUUGCCAUCGGCCAAGUCCGAUCCAAUUGAAUGUAGUGUUGCUGAGGAAUGGCGACAAAUACUGCAACUGGGCCCCGAUGCACAUCUAGAGCCCGCGGAUAACUUCUUCAAACUCGGCGGUCAUUCGGUGUUAGUCCUCCUUCUUGCGAAUCGACUCACCACGGCAUUUGAAGUUGAAGUAACGCUACGCGAACUUCUAGAGGUACCUUCCUUCCUCGGCCAAGUCGAGCUUCUCAAGCAUUUGCUGCAGGCCAAAAGGACGGGAAGCGGGUACACAGAAGACAUUGGAUGUCAAGAUCGUGGCGGAUUACCUGCAGCAGAGCUCACGGAGCUUGAACGACAGGUAUGGCUCCAAUACCGGGCCGCCACUACCGUGACAGCAUUCAACAUUGCCAAAGUCCUUCAUAUUAAAGGUUUCUUCGAUGUUGAUCGGUUAAUUGGCUGCUUCAAUACAGCCCUUGCCUCUGAUCCCGUGUUCCGUACUAAUAUUCACGAUGGCCCUCUGGGUCCAGUACGGGCUCUGAACGCAUCUGCUCCUACAGCUUGCUGGGUAGCAGAGCUAAACAUUGAUGAGGAAGUGAAUCGACAUUUCAACGUGGAGUGCGACCAAUUAAUACGCAUUUUCCUAAGUCCGGAGGAUCGGCACGCACCACCAGAACAACUUCCAGGUAUUCGAAUCGUCAUUGUCACGUCUCAUAUCAUCGCCGAUCUCGGCAGCAUACAAAAUCUGCUACAUCUCACUUCCCAGGCCUACUCUGGGGCAAAAACGGCAGUGUACGAAACUCCGCGGCAUCUGGAGUCGAACCGGUGGAGACGGAACACAUCCCCCCAUGAGCAGAAGUGGUGGAUGGCCUACUUGAAGGGCCAUGGCCACAGUGAUCAUAAGCUUCCUUUGCUUCGGGAUUCUCGUAUCGGUCUAGCUUCCGGUGUUUACAACGGCUCUUCGAAGAUUCGCCAGUAUAACGGCAUACUGGUCACUAAUUUGAAAGGUAGAAUACGAGAGACUGGGAUCACGCAACACCAACUUGCUUUGGCAGCUGCUGCACUCAUGCUCCAAUGGCUUUCGGGAGAAAAUGAUAUUAUACUAGGCGCUCCUGACUCAGGACGGCGAUCCACGGUUGAAAUAGAAGCUCUAGGGCAAUUCCUUGACCGGCUUCCAAUCCGGGUCAGGCUGCCCAAAGCCACAACCGGGGUUGAGCUAGAUACCAACACAAUUCUCACCCAAGUCCGCGACUCGGCUCACAUGGCGUUGGCCAAUGCCAUUCCAUUCAGUCGCAUCCUGGAUGCUCUCGGCUUCCCCGGUGAAGCGACUACUUCAUCUCUCUUUGAAUGCAUGGUAACAUUCCACACUCGCGGUGCCCGCCUCGACAACUGGGUUCGGUUGCACGGUUGCACUGUCUCGGAGUCCUUAGUUUUCGCUCGGGGGUCGAAAUUUCCGCUGAUGUUGGAAUGGUUCGAGUCCGACGGUAAUCAAUGGACGGUCCACAUUGAAUAUGACACGGACAGGUUAUUGCCAGCCACCAUUGAUGCAAUCGAAAACGCCUUGGACAUUAUCCUCGACGCCAUAGCGAACAACAGUACUCUAUCCGGAUUAAAGGUACAAUUGGGUAACGCCAAUAUUAUUGGUUGA